AUGCCGGCCUGGACCUUGCCGCACGUGGCGGGCGCUGGGGCGUCCAGCGCACACGCCCUCCGGGCCGGCACAGCCCAGCGGACGCGGGCCGGAGACGCCAGCGGGCAGCAGUCCCCGCCGCUGCCACUCUCCCCGGCUGCCUCGGGACCCCAAGCCCUCACCUGCUUCCAAACCUCCGUAGUCACCGAGCUUCUCGAGACCCGGCCUCGGAACGUCUUGGUUGAAGCCGAGCAAAGGGCUAAGCAUAGGAAGGUCAAGCAAGUACUGCUACGUGAAGAGGUUGUUCAUUGCCUGACCUCAGUCUACUAUGCCGGCAAGUCUGCUGUGAAACUAGUAACCGUUCUCUCCGUCUUUCAUGCAGGCCCAGUGACAGUAGGACAGUUCCACCGGUCACUCCGGCGAGAUAGUUUGUCUCCUUACUCCUACGUAUCAACUUCAUCCCACAACCACAGUACUUUCCCUCUGAAAGGUUUAGAUCGGACCCCGAUACCUCCAAGAACAUGGCAGAACUCCCUUGGAAUGCACCCAGGACAAGUGGAGACGUCUCCCACUUUUUCAGAUAAAGGAGUUCCGUUUCCGGUACUGCAGAGAUUUCCAACUGAGGUUACCUAUACGCUCCAGCCCAGCGCCACAUCGGUACAUGUUCAGCAAGGUCCUCAAACAAUGGUCAGCUCCUCCCAGAAAUACAGUAACUACACACCCUCAGCGCAGUACUCCCAAGCCUACUAUCCAACAGCUGUGCUCCAGUGCUGCUCCCCUUCGACCCACAUGGAUGCUCUAAGUAGUUGUGUCUCGCCCACUGCCUCUUCCUACGCACACUGCAACUACUUCCAGAAUCCUCCAAUGCAAUCCUCCUAUCCAGUUGAAUUUCUGCCUUCUAACUGGUCUUGCAGUGCUACUGAUGAAAAUAAAAAGACAGAAGUAAACCUAGAGGCUGUCUUUCAGAUAGUAGAUGAGUUGCAUUCCUCCCCUAAGUUGGAGAUGGUAAAGGUGGAGCCCGUUGAGAACCAGUGUCCCACGUCUCAGUCUAACAGAGGCCAGCACCUCCUAGCUAACUCAAACAGCAGCCACCCGUCUUCUGCAAGUCAGGCCAGCCAGCUGGAGCCACUUACUCCUGUCGGCUCAGAUAUUACGUCGUUUGUGGUCGGAACAGAACAAGCAAUUACCUGCUCUCUGCCACAGUCACCUGAGUAUAUCUAUACCAUCCACACAGCUCAGCCUGUUGAAAACACCACAGUGCAGGAGUCUGCAGCCAUCCAGCAAGCCCAUGUCAAACUGAAAGAUCAACUAAGUCAUCACACCUCUCCAUCUUCAGUAGUAUUUGUGCAAGAAGGUCUACCAUUCAGCACACACCAGGUGGAUGCCAGUAUAAAAUGCCAGACCAACCCCUCAGAAAAUAUCUUGCCUUCAGAACAGAUGGGAUUCCUUAUAUCAGAUAUGGGGUCUGCUAGCAAACCUAGUAAAGACGCAAGUUUAUCCACUCCAGCCAGAUGCAGAGAGCGAAGAAGCAACUCACAGCCAGGAAAGUCCCCUGAUCUUCAUCUGCUGGUGGACGUGGCCUGCAAGCAGGAGCACUUUCCAAAGGAGGAAGAGUUAAAAGAAUGAGGAAUGGGUGACAAAUGUGACAUUGUGCGCUAGCUGGAGCUGGAGGCAGAUAGCCUUCCUUGCACAUGACACGCUGUUGGGACUUUUUCAGUUGUGUUAAGGAAAAAAAAAAAAAGUAUUUUUCGUUUUGUUAAUUGAGAAUUUGAUCUUUUCUAGAUCUGUUCAGUUCAGAUAAUUUACCUUGAUAAACUACUAAACAUCUCCUGGCCAUGUUUUUUUGCUGCCCAGCUCUCUUUCACAUGAAAAUGCCUGGCCUUCUGUUACAGCAGGCUGCACUGUGGUCCUGGAGAAUGCGUGCUGUGUCUGGGCCGAUUCGGCAGCCUGCAGUCAGCCCGCCCCGGUGGGGAGUGCUGUCCCUCUUCCAUGUCCCCGUCGGAUCCGUUUGAAGAAAACUGUGUGCGUGACAAAGGCGUCUGAGGUCACCACGAUUGCAGGUGUCCCUGGGACGAGGGGUGCCAGGGAAGGCAUUCCGGAGAAGGACUAUAAUGUUCUCCGUGAUUAACCAGGGACGCUCUUACUCUCUAAUCCAGCAUUCUGUUUGAAGAGCAAGGCAUCCAGACUUGGGCCAUUCAUCACAUGUACCUACUACCCCUGAGCCAUCUUCCUUAGUGGAGCGUUCUUCUAUUGUCAUAGCUUUCCUUCAUUUUAAUACUGUAUAAUCAUAAAUGGUAAGAAGGGUUUUGUUAAGACA